AUGACUUUGGACAAACUCAGAUCUGUUCAGGAACACUCUAGGGGCAAAAUUGAUGGCUUCAUGACAGAUGGAAAGACGCGACCACCUAAACCAAACGAGUUCCAUUAUCGAUGUAAUCACCUUUACAUGGCAGCAAGUCUACUCUGUUCACAAUCUUCUGGCAACAGUGGUCUAGAAAUGCUUAGCAAACUUUACCUUCGUGAAAUGAAAGAACUAUGCUCGGUUGAAAUGAUACGACUGGAAAAAGAUUUUGGUCGUACUAUCUGUAAGCGAUGCAAGAAUAUUUUUAUUGCUCGCCCCGAUGGCACCCAGUCGAUUACCGUAAGACUCAACAGAAAGAAGCAGAUGAUAAGGACAUGCCUUAGCUGUGGGGCUAAAAAGCGUUUCGCAAGAAACAGUACAUAUCUCUCUCGGAAUGAACAAAAUCAACAUCAAAUAGGAAUUGAAGGGCAACAGCAACAAGUACAGAGUAAAGAAGUCCAUCCUAGCAGCGAUUAA